ACCUCACAGAAAAGGAUAAAAAGGAAGAGAGAAAUAGUGAGAGGAGAGAGAGGGGAGAGAGACCACCGAAGGUUCACUACUGCGUCGAAGGUGGUUAGGGUUUUUCUAUUGAUCCUCCAAACCUAAACCUCCUUUUUUUUACCCCUCUCUUUCUCUCUCCUUGUCCUCAAAUCCCUAAUCAUAUAUUCAGUGAUCCACCUCUACAAUUCAAUCUCACCAAAUCUUUCACCGCAAGUUUCAUUUCGCGAAGAGAUAAGCGCCCAUAUCUUCACUGCAAAUUUCAGUUCGCGAAGAGAUAAGCUCUGAUGGGUGCGCAAGAAAAGUCUCCGACUGCGAACAAUUCUUUGCAGCGUGUUAAGGUAUACCGUCUUAGUGAUGAUGGAAAAUGGGAUGAUCAAGGAACUGGACACGUCACUGUUGAUUACUUGGAGAGAUCAGACGAACUGGAUUUGUAUGUUAUUGAUGAAGAAGAUAGUGAAACUCUACUUCUGCACCGAAUAAGCUCAGAUGAUAUUUAUCGAAAGCAAGAAGAUACCAUUAUCUCUUGGAGAGAUCCAGAGUAUUCAACUGAAUUAGCUCUUAGCUUUCAAGAGCCUACAGGAUGCUCCUACAUAUGGGAUCACAUUUGUAAUGUGCAAAGAAAUUUGCAUUUUAACACUCUUAACAAUGAGUCAUAUCAUAGCGUCAAUAGUGAGUUGAGAGAUUUGCCUUCUGUUGAGCUAUCUACACUUCCUUUAAUACUGAAGACUGUGAUGGACAGUGGCAUUACUGAUCAGAUGCGUCUGACAGAACUCAUAUUACAUGAUCAAAAUUUUCUACAAAGGCUGAUGGACCUGUUUAGAAUCUGUGAAGAUUUGGAAAAUAUUGAUGGCCUUCACAUGAUAUUCAAGAUAGUCAAAGGGAUUGUUUUGCUCAAUAGUCAUCAAAUCUUUGAGAAAAUAUUUGGUGAUGAAUUGAUAAUGGAUAUUAUUGGUUCCCUCGAAUAUGAUCCUGAGGUACCUGUUGUCCAACACCACCGCAGUUUUCUGAAAGACCAUGUGGUCUUUAAGGAGGCCAUACCAAUUAAAAAUCCGAUUGUUCUGUCAAAGAUACACCAGACAUACAGAGUCAGUUAUUUGAAAGAUGUUAUUUUGCCUAGAUUAUCGGAUGAGGCAACAAUUGCAAGUCUCAAUUCCAUAAUUCAUUCGAAUAAUGCCGUUGUUGUUUCUUUGUUGAAAGAUGACAGCACUUUUAUUCAGGAAUUGUGUGCAAGGUUGAAGUCAUCUAUGACUUCAGCAGAGUCAAAGAAAAAUUUGGUGUUUUUCUUGCAAGAGUUUAUUAGUCUUAGCAAAAGCUUGCAGAUGGUUCAGCAACUCCGGCUAUUUAGGGAUCUCGUAAAUGAAGGUAUAAUUGACGUCAUCACUGAUAUUUUGCAGUGUGAAGAUAAAAAGAUUGUAUUAACUGGGACAGAAAUUCUUAUUCUUUUCCUAAAUCAGGAUCCAGUUCUUCUGUGUUCUUUUGUCACUCGUCAGGAGGGGAUUUCCCUUCUUGGACUUCUGGUUAAAGGAAUGACAACAGAUUUUGGGGAUGACAUGCAUUGCCAAUUUCUUGAAAUUCUUCGCAACCUUUUGGAUCCGUCUGCUGCAUCAGGAUCACAGAAAGAUACUAUCAUUGAGAUUUUCUAUGAGAAGCACUUGGGUCAAUUAAUUGAUGUUAUAACAUCAUCAUGUCCUUCAGAUGGUGUUGCUCACUCGGUCAGUAGAUCUGCAUGCUCUGGCAGAUGCACUGAGAUUCAAGCCAAAGCAAAGCCUGAAAUACUUUUGAACAUUUGUGAACUGCUAAACUUUUGUAUUUUGCACGACCCAUAUAGAAUAAAGUGCAACUUUCUCUCCAAUAACGUGAUAGAUAAAGUUUUGUUUCUGACUCAAAGAAGGGAAAGAUACCUUGUGGUUGCUGCUGUUCGAUUUGUUCGAACUCUUAUCUCCCGUAAUGAUGAGCAUUUGAUGAAUCAUAUUGUGAAGAACAACCUUUUGAAACCAAUUGUGGAUGCUUUGGUGGACAAUGGCAAUCGUUAUAAUCUGUUGAACUCUGCAGUUCUUGAGCUCUUUGAGUAUAUCCGGAAGGAGAACUUGAAGAUAUUACUGAAAUAUUUAAUUGAUUCAUUCUGGGAUCAGUUGGCCAAGUUUGAUAAUUUAGCUUCAAUCCAGUCUUUAAAAGUUAAAUACGAGCAGUCCCUAGAGAAUACUGGAGUGAAAAGCACCAUCAAUGUGUUAGACCCCAGAAAACGUAUGGAUGAGCGUUCUCUCGAGAAAGAAGAGGAAGACUACUUCAAUGAGGACAGUGAUGAAGAAGAUUCUGCAUCUGCAUCUGUGUCAAAUGCACAUAGAGUACAAUCUCUGCCUGUUGUACCCAAUGGAUGUGCUUCAAAUGUCCCAUCAUUAAGUAGUGCGAGAUCUGGUGGACUUGUUGACUAUGAUGAUGAUGAGGAUGAUGAAGACUACAAGCCACCACCUAGGAAACAGUUGGAACCCUUUGGUGGAGAUGAGGGAACAGUCGAAUCCCUCAAGUUAAAACGAAAAUUGCUUUCAAAAGAGGAGCCUGAGCGGGUAAAGAAGCAACGAUUGGGUAAAAGCACAAAGUCAAAGGAGAGUGUAUUUGCUGCCUUGUGCUCCACGCUAAGUCAGGCAGUAUUACCAUGCAAGAAAACAGCAAGUGCCGUGCAUAUUUUUCCUCGCUGUCCAGACUCAAACAAGAGUUCGGAUGAUGUAAAGCACCCAGAGGAGAGACAUACUGCAUCCAUAAGCUAUUCUGAUAACAGUAGCAGUUCAGAUGAGGAAAACCAUACAGAUGUGGAACCAGCUGCUGCUCCUAGAAGCUGUUCGGGUAGUUUCCAUAAUACUUCAGACGGUAGACAUAUCGGCGGAGAGGACUGUCCGUUGAUACCUCACAAUUCUUCACCAGAAAUGGCUGUAGAUAGGUCUUAAAUUUUUUUUCAAGAAUCAUAUCCGGCAUUGAGAAUUCUUCUCACCAUUGGUUAUUAUGACUCACACGCGUGCUCGUGCUACGAAAGGAACUUAAUUCCUCAAAAGAAGUGAACCAUCAGAAUGCAGAUGACUGGUUUUCGGAAUGCUGGGAGAGGAUACUGUACAGUUCGAGGGCUGGGUGACAUCAUGCUUUCGCAAUGUGGUCGCAGACAUCACCUUCAUUUAGUGUUGUUUUUUUUUUUUUUGAUGCUUUGAGCUUGAGUAACUCUUGCUUCUGUAUAAACGGUCAUUAGCAUUAAUUUUUGUAAUUUAAAUUUUCGAUUGAUCUUUUGUAUCCUUCCACCUUGCUUCCUUUUCUUGAGCAAUGUGCCUAUAUGUGGAUAUAUAGGGCGCCAAUGUUGCCCUUUGUAAUUUCCCACAUUUUCUCUUUGUA